CUAGGGAGGGAGGUCAGGCCCUAGGACCCCAACAACCCAGCACAUUUCACUUCGGCGCGCAUGGGACACCAGCGGCACCUCAAAUUCUCAAAGCCUAGUUGAAAAUCAGGAACAUAAAAAAACACACUAGCGGGAUAUCGCGGCGAGAUAAUACAUAAGAUGGUUCUGACUGCAGCAGUUCUUUGGAUGGUGGUUGGGGCGGUAUGGGCACAACAGAAGCCGGGCAACUUAUACGAAGAGCAUUUUCCCCCUAUCCACCUUAACUGCACACAGAGCCUCACAGACCUCCUUCUGCUGCGUCAAGAAAACAGGCUAUCGGAGCUCACGUUGGCGGAGGAAGCGUCAACGGCAGUCCUGAAGGAGGCGGUACAGCUAUUGACUGACAUCAGGAAUUCCUUGACCGGGAAUCCAUGGGCAGAAAGCGCCGUUUCGAGCAACAGAAGUCCAACUCCGGCCCCAGGAUCGUGCUCAGGCAACUUCGUAAACAUCGGAGGCACUUGUCUGUAUCUUGCCACGGACACCGUUGCGGUCUGGGGAACAGCUCGCCAGUUCUGUCAGGAUCUGGGAGGAGAUUUGGCAACUUUCCGAGAUGCCAAUGCCUUUGCUGAAACUCUCAUAUAUAUUAAAAAUCUAGCCCUGGCCCGGACCGCCAAUGUAUGGAUAGGUGGUUAUGACCAGAUUGCGGAGGGAAAUUGGAUUUGGAUCUCAAAGGAACCGAUGCCAAGGGGGUCGCCUUUUUGGGGCGCGAUUGGUUUCGGCCGAGAGCCCCGGGGCGGAUUAGGAGAGAACUGCGCCAUCUUAUAUGGAGUGGACGAUUUCAUGAUCCACGACGCGCCUUGUACAUGGAAGUGCAAGCCACUCUGCCAGAUCAUGCAUUCUUAGACCUGGUUUCAUUGCCAGCGCCGUUCCGAUUCUGCUCUUAAUUUUGAGUGUGAGUUAACAUAUUUUUAGCAACACUAUGUCUAUAAGAGAAAGUCUUAAGUUGAAAAAUCUAUGUAGCCAAUAACACUAAGGGUAUUCUAAGAAAAACAUAAACAUUUUGUGAAAAUCAUAACAAUUGGGAACUUGGAGAACACAGGUUCAUAAUUGACUAAAAUGUACGUAAUCUGGACCAUGCCAUGUAAUAUCACCUCGUUCAAAUUUCCCUGUACACUUUUGUUAAGUCAUAUGACCUGUAUUUUCCUUGAGUAUUUUGCUACAAGUCUGGUAAGCAUCGUGCUACUGUGGCAUCCUAUUUUACUGUUAUAUUUGUCAAACAUUCUUUUCUCGUACUUCCCCGUGAUGUUUGUGAAUUUCUAUUAAAAUGUCACCAACAGUUUGAUACAUAAUAUUAACAAACUAUUAUAAUGUAUUGGAAACAAAUAAUGAAUGUGAACUAUAAUGUGUAUUACCUAUGACAAUAAAACACCCAAUCCUCAAA